AUGUACGAGCUCCUUUGGAAACUUUUCAAACAUACGAACUGCUUCAUUCCAUUGGUAAUUGUUUCUAAUCAUAGUUCACUCGAUGUCGAGGAUGUCCACAUUGAUGGAGAAGUGGACGCUGCAGCUGAUGCUGAUAUCAAAGCAUCUGUUACUGACGAAGGUGAUGACGAUGGAGAUGAUAUUGAUGACGAUGAAACAACUGAUUUUGAUGCUGCUGGUGGCGAUAAUGACGGUGACGAUAAUGGUGAAAGUGCAUCCGAUGAUGCAGCUGCUGACGACACUGCUGCUGGUUUUGAUGAUGAACAUGAAGAUAAUUCUUGUGCAAAUGAAGUCGCUGAUGCCUCUGCGGGUGUUAUUGUCUCUAAUGAUGAGUAUGAUGAUAAUGAUGAUGGUAGUGGCGAAGAUGUAACGACAUUUGACGUGUUUAGAUUUGAGGUGCUGUAG